AUGGCCCGCUCACCGCAACGUAGGAGAAACGAUUCGCGCGAACGUCGAGAUCAUCGCACCCGCCCGUCAGAACGCUCUCGGAGCCGCGAGCGUCGAUACGACGACGACCGACAUCAUUCGAGGCGCGACGAUCGCCGGGAUGACCGACGUGAUGAUCGUCGCAGCGACCGACGAGACUAUCGUCGUGACGACCGCAGCCGACGAGACUAUGACCGGUACGAUGAUCGGGAAAGAGAUUAUCACAGGCAUGAUCAUCGCCGAGAUGAUCGAAGGGAUCGGAAUGACAGAUCCUUGAACCACCCCGCUCACGAUGAUCGACGACGAGAUCAAUCAGCUUCGCGGCGAAGAAGCCCUUCGAAAGCAGAUGAUCGAUCGGACAAAACUCCCACUUCAGUAAGAGAUUCCAAACGGGGCGCUAUCUCAACCUCAAAUGACCUCGCAGAUGACGAAUCCAUCGAAGGUCGUCCGAGUAAGCGUUUUAGGCGAGAGUCUGUCACGCAGGAUCCUACGUCAUUAUUAGAAGAGGUCAAGCCUUCCCAAAAUUCCGAAACAGGAGCAGAAGACGCUGCAGCAAAAGCCGCCAAACAGGAGCGCUUGCGUGCUAAUCUGGAGAGGUGGAAGCUCAAAAAACAACAGGAAGACAAUGCGACCGGUUCGGGGGAAUCACCAACCGCAUCACAGGACGGUUCUCAAACAGCAUUUCACACUUUCGAUCACAAGACUGUGAAGAAGCGGAUCGAGGCUGCCAAGAACAAGCAGGAGAAAACAACCUUAGACGGUGAUGCAAUGGUCGCGUUGCCGAGCAAGACCAUCGGAGGGCCAACUUCGUCCCAGUCCAUAAAUAACGGGGUUCGAAACGUGGCCCAUGUAUCUCAAAAUGAACCAACAGUGAGCAGCAAGGUCGACGGCAAAAUAUCUGGAUUUGGCAUCAAACAAUCCGCUGCCGAAAAGAACGCCGAAGAACAGGCUAGCAAGAAGACGGCGGUAGCACUGGAUGACGAUGAAGACGACAGCCGUGGUUUGAAGUUCAAGGAGCUCGAUGAUUCUGAUCUCAUGCCUAAAGGAGGCGACAUCAUCGAAGAUGACGAUGACGGAGAUGACCUACGGAGCGAAGACGAAGAAGCAGAGGCCAACCGCGAAGCAGCCCAACGGCGUGCUGCAGAAGCGCAAGCAGGACAAGACGAUGUCAUUAUGCAGGAUGCAGGAGCGGCCAACGAGACUGCUGCGCAAGAGACGCCAGGAGAUGAGAUCGAUCCCUUGGAUGCAUUCAUGGCCAGUUUAGAGCAGUCUGCACAAUCAUCUGGUCGGAAGGCCGCGCCUGCGAAGAGACAGCAAGCCGAAGUGUUCGACAGCGAUGAUGAAGCGCCCGCCAUGGAGGCCAUCGGGUCUGAAGCCGACGCCAUCCUUCAAAAGCCAAAAAGCAAAAAGAAGGCAAUCACUCCAUGGAGCGCUUCCAAAAUACCGCACGAUGACUUCCGCAAAAACUUCUAUUCGGAGUCCACCGAAAUCGCUGAAAUGACCGUUGAGGAAAUAAAGGCGAUCAGAGAAGAUCUUGUCGAUGUUGAGGUCAAGGGCAUUGAUGCACCAAAGCCAAUUCUAAAGUGGUCACAGGCCAGCUUUCCAGCACAAAUUCUUGACAUCAUUCGUGUCAAAAAUUUCGACAAUCCCACACCAAUCCAGGCGCAAGCGCUGCCUGCAAUCAUGUCCGGCCGAGACACCAUCGGCAUCGCCAAGACCGGGUCGGGCAAGACCCUGGCCUACCUCUUACCAAUGUUCCGACAUAUCAAGGAUCAGCCUCCACUAAAAAACCUCGAUGGACCCAUUGGUCUGAUCCUGGCACCCACUCGGGAACUAGCUGUGCAGAUUCACAAUGAGUGUGGGCCUUACACCAAAGCUCUUGGACUACAAGCCGUUUGCUGUUAUGGUGGAUCGCCUAUCGCUGACAACAUUGCCGCCUUGAAGCGGGGCGCAGAGAUCGUUGUUUGCACUCCUGGUCGUUAUAUUGAUCUUCUGCAAGCGAAUUCGGGGCGCGUCACAAAUCUCACUCGCGUCACAUACAUUGUUCUGGAUGAAGCGGAUCGCAUGUUCGACAUGGGCUUCGAGCCACAGAUUUCCCAAAUGCUAGGCGGUAUUCGUCCGAAUCGUCAAGCCGUCCUUUUCUCGGCCACCUUUCCAAUCAAAGUAGAGACGUUGGCAAAGAAGAUCUUGAAGAACCCUGUAGAAAUCACAGCUGGCGGCCGCAGCGUUGUGGGACCCGAGAUCACCCAGAUCAUUGAGAUUCGCGAGGAGGAUUCCAAGUUGCUUCGUCUUCUCGAAUUGCUCGGAGAGGUUCAUCUGAGUGACGAUGAUGCGCGUUCGCUCGUCUUCGUGGAGAGACAGGAGGCUGCAGACGACAUUGUCAGGAAGCUCGGGAAAAAUCAAUAUCCUGCCACUUCUGUGCAUGGUGGUCGAGAUCAAAUUGAUCGCGACCAAUCAAUAUCCGAUUUCAAAGCAGGUAUUUACCCUGUCAUGGUUGCCACCUCAGUGGCCGCUCGUGGGUUGGAUGUCAAGCAUUUGAAGCUUGUGGUCAAUUGGGACUGUCCAAACCACGGCGAAGACUAUGUCCAUCGUUGCGGGCGCACUGGACGCGCUGGGAAUACUGGCACUGCGGUGACUUUCGUCACGCCCGAGCAGGAGAGAUUCUCGCCUUUCUUGGUCCGUGCUUUAAAGGACAGCAAACAAGAUGUGCCCGAGUCGUUGCAGGAAAUGGCAGCUGCGUUCAAGACGAAAGUCAAGUCUGGAGAAGCACAACGACAGCGCAGUGGAUUUGGCGGCAGAGGCAUCGAACGUCUUGCUGCUGCACGCGCGAGCGAAAAUGCUCGUGUCAAGAGUCAAUUCAAAACCGACGACGAACCUGCAGAUGCUGAAGCCGAUGCAGCAGCUGAUUCUAAAUCUUCUGAGAUCGAGAAACGUGUUGCUAAAGCAACUGGUGUCAUUAAGGCCCGCGAUGCCCAGCCGGAGGAGUUGCAGCUUUCUGAUCGACUGGCGCAGCAUCUUAGCAAUGCGAUGAAGGUGCAAAAGCAUGAAGAGAAGGUCGAAGAACUUCCGAAAGAUCCAUUGGCGAGAGCUGCGGCAGCGGCUGCGGCGGUUAACAGCCGAAUCGGUACCAGAGGUAUGUCGAACGAGAUGAACAUACACCGAGUGAACAGAGAGCUGAUUUAUAACACAGGAACACGGCCAGGUGCACCUCCAGAUAACCAUGGACCAGAUGCUGGUGCGCACUACUCCACGCUUGAAAUCAAUGACUUUCCACAAAAAGCGAGAUGGAACGUCACCAACCGCACCAACGUCGCCAAGAUUCUCGAAGGCACAGGCGUGUCUAUCACGUCCAAGGGAAAUUACUACGCUGCAAACACGAGACCUGGCCCCGGUGAUCCUCCGCCAUUGUACAUUCUUGUCGAAGGCCACACUGAGCCGAUGGUCUUGUCUGCGAUGAAGCAACUUGCCGACCUGUUAAAGGCAGGCACGUUGGCGGCGCAAGAACAGGAGGCUCGUGCUGGCACUGGAGGUCGUUAUAGUGUUGUGUAA